AAAGGUUACAUUCUCAAAACAAAUUCAUUCACAAACAUAAGUCACAGAGAAAAAUCAGUGCUAAUGAGAAUGUUAGUAGUGAUGGUACUUGUUUCAGCAACUUUGUGCUUCUACUUGCUCAGAUUCUUGCACAAAAUAUUGUGGACUCCGAUUCGACUGCAAGCAAAAAUGAGGUCGCAGGGAAUCCGUGGUCCAGCUUACAAAUUCCCUCAUGGAGACACCAAAGAUAUCUCUCACAUGAGAAGCCAAUUCAUGGAUAAACCAAUGAUGGAUAUUUCACAUGACUUACUUCCAAGAAUUCAACCCCAUGUCUAUGCAUGGACCAAGGCCUAUGGGAAGAAUUUCAUUUGCUGGCAUGGUUCCCAGUGCCAAUUGUUUGUUACUGAGCCAGAGCUGAUAAAGGAUAUAAUGAUGAACAGAGAAGGCGUUUUCCCGAAAAUGGAGGUCGAGGGUGCUGCAAAGAAGUUGCUGGGAGAAGCACUCAUCACAAAUGAGGGUGAAAAAUGGGCCAAAGUGAGAAAACUGGCUAAUCACACUUUCCAUGCAGACAGCCUCAAAAGAAUGGUUCCAGAGAUGAGUGCAAGCGUCGCCAUGAUGUUGAUGAAGUGGGAGAGCUAUGGAGGAAAGGAGAUCGAUGUGUUCAAAGAAUUCGGGGAGCUGACGACUGAAGUGAUUUCAAGAACUGCCUUUGGAAGUAGUCACAUUGAUGGGGAGCAGAUAUUUGAGAUGGUAGCAAAAUUGACAGCAGUUACAGUUAGAAAUGUGUAUAAAGUCAGAGUUCCAAUAAUCAGUUCCCUAGUAAGAAACAAUGAUGAUAUUGAGGCGAAGAAUCUCGAGCAAAGAAUCAAGAGCGCUAUACUGGAGAAAGUGCGAAAGAGGGAGAUAGAUGCGAAGAAAAAUGGGAAUCUUGAUGACUUCGGGUGUGAUUACUUGGGGCAACUUGUCGGAAGCAGCCAUGAAUCUGAUGUCAAGAAGAGGAUCACGACAGAACAGAUGAUUGAUGAGAUCAAGGCCAUCUACGGUGCAGGCCAUCUCACGACCACAAGCUUGCUCGGGUGGUGUGCUGUGCUCCUAGCGACACACACAGAGUGGCAAGACAGAGCUAGGGAGGAAGUGAUGGAAACAUUUGGAGGGAGCAGCCCGGAUUCUGAUGGCAUUGCGAGGCUCAAAAUAAUGAACAUGAUCAUCAACGAGUGUUUGAGGCUAUACCCUCCGGUUCUUACAAUGACGAGGAAAGUUGCCAAGGAGACUAAACUAGGACAGCUCUGUGUAUUUCCCAACACCAACAUUUUCAUUUCAGUUCUAGCUUUGCACCACAACCCUGAAAUCUGGGGCAACGACGUGCUUCUCUUUAAACCAGAGAGAUUUGCACAAGGUGUUGCUAAAGCUACCAAUAACAACGGUGCUGCAUUUCUGCCUUUUGGAAUGGGGACUCGGACUUGUGUAGGUCUCAACUUCACCACCAAUGAAGCCAAGAUUGCACUGUCCAUGAUCCUCCAAAAGUACAAGUUUUCCCUCUCGCCUAACUACGUCCACAACCCUGCUGAUGUCUUCAUACUUACUCCCAAAAAUGGAGUUCAAGUCAUCCUCAAAAAAGUGUAAAUGCAGCUCCACUGCAUGAAUGUCUUUUAUGUGUAUGUUUGUAAUUAUGUGUGAUGGAAAUAAGUUCAUGUGUGAAACAAGUGUUUAAGUUGGAAGAAAUGAUAUUUCCUAUGUGUAAGUCGAUCA